AUGGUUCAACAACAGCAACAACAGCCACCUGUAGAUAAGUACAAGUUAGAAAAGAUGUUCUCAGCUUAUGCAAACGAUCCACGCGACGAUGUUGGCCCAGGGCGUAUUGGCCCAAAUGGAAUGCUACGUCUGCUCAAUGACCUACACUUGGAUGCAACCGAUCGUCGUGUUCUCAUUCUCGCUUGUAAACUUAAGGCACAAACGCAGUGUGAGUUCAGUUGGGAAGAGUGGCAACAAGGACUGUCGGCACUGAGAGUUGAUUCGCUGGACAAACUUCGUGAACGUCUACAAGAGCUUGACGCGGAAUUAUCAGAACCGGCAGCAUUCCGAGAGCUAUACUCGUUUACUUUCCUCUAUGGGAAGCUGAGCAGUCAACGCAAUCUCGAUCUGGAAACAGCAUUGGCUUACUGGAAAAUCCUAUUCGCUGAUAAGUUCCCACUAUUGUCGCUCUGGGAAGAAUUCCUACUUGCUGAGCAUGGAAAAGCGAUUUCCCGUGACACAUGGAAUCUGUUGCUUGACUUCUGCCUUACUAUUAGACCGGAUCUGACAAAUUACGACGAAGAUGGGGCGUGGCCAGUACUUAUCGAUCAAUUCGUCGAGUAUGCACGUGAGAAGCUGGGCCUACCUCGUGAAGCGGCUGCAACAGCCGCUGUAACAUCAUAG